AUGUCAGUUAGGAGGUAUACUGAUCCUGUAUAUCUCCAGUUUGUGUGGAAUGCAAUUGAAGCAUGCUCAAGAGAUUCCAUCGAGUCUUCUUUUCACGAGUUGUUGUCUUUUAUUCAAAGAGAAUGUGAUUCUAGAUGCACUGCAGGAAAGCUGCAAAAUGAACUCUCAAAUGCUAUAAGCGAUGGUUGCAUAGAGUGUAACCAACGCUGUUAUGUGAAACGCGAUCCAAUGCCUAAAGUGAAGGAUAAACAUGAUUGGUAUUGCUUUGAAUGUCACGGACCAGGUCAUGUUGUAUCUUGUCCAACUUGUUUCAGAGUAUACCACCCUGAUUGCUUGCCAGUUGCCCUAUCAUCACAACUGUCCUCUGUUAUACCGUGUGAAUCUGGUAGAUCCGAAGCCGAUUCACAUAUGUCCAAUGGAUUCCCACCGACUAACCCAUGUCCUGUGUGUCAGCGGUUGUCGCGAGCAUCUAAUAUGUCAAAUCCUAGCACCCCAUCGGAGUUACAUAAAAUCUUCCAGGUUGUCCUUGAUCGAAUCCGCAACAAAGUCAAUUGGAAAACUAUGCAGGUUGUUGGUUACUUAAACGAACCUUUACGAAAUAACUACCUCGUAUUACGGCAGAUUAAUACUCGUCUUAUAACCGAACGUAUGCGAGCAGAUCCAUCAUCUAAAGAUUGUUAUCCUAAUCGAACCUCCCUUCUGAUUGAUGUGGAUUUACUAAUUCACAACACCGCCAUUUUUUACGGUUCUAAAAAUGAUAUGAGUAAUAUGGCUCGACAGAUACGAUCUCAGCUAGAACGAGAAUUGCGAGAAUCAUCUUUUUGCAUAGAUUGUUACUUGCGUCUUCACUCAGCAUCAGUAAAUAAAUUAACAGCACCUUGUCGAGUUGCUCAUCGUCUCCUUUGGUUCCAACACAAUGGGUGGUCCUUUCGCCCUUGUAAAAUGUUAUAUGAGAGUACAGAGGGCUACGAAGUUGUUUGCUUUGGUGGACGACAUGAGAGAGUUUUUGUUCCACUAGCGAGAGCAUUUGAUAUGAAUUUCACAGCAGAUGAACUUGGUUUACGAGAAACACCACCUUUGAAAAAAGCACUGAAUGAAGCUGAGGAGUACAAAACAAACCAAGCUAUUUUUGAUCAGCAAAUGAAGAAUUAUUCUGAUCAUUUGCCAAACAAGAUGCUUGCUGAACCUAUCUCGAUAGAUUCGAUAAGAAAUAAUCUAAUCAGUGAGUCUAUAUCUAAUGGAACAUUCAUGAAAAAUGCUACUUCUCCACCUUUGCGAAAGAAAAGACCUGGUAGGCGUCCACUAUCUACUAGAUCUCACAAUGAAGACUUCAACGUAUCGCCUGAAAUGCAUGUUUUCAAAUCUCGUAAAUCCACUGGAGCGAAUUCACCUGUGUGGUGUUCUGUGUCACAGCAUUCUACGUCUCGACGUGACUCACAUUGGUCAGAUACUAUGAAGAACGUUACUGAAGAUAACUUAACUUCCUUAUCGUCAUUGAACAGUGACAGUGAUGGUCCGGAAACCAAGUGCCGCAUUUCAGAGCCUACUCUUGAGAAUCCAAGUGUAAAUAAAUCGUCUAUGAAAUUAUCGAUACCUCUUCUGCCUACUCCAACAAAAAGAAAAUCACAUAAAAGAAAGCGGUGCAAUGAAGCACACUCAAGACCUAGUUUCUCCAACGGCAUAUCAGCUGUCCCUCCGAGCUGUGACUCCAGUUCAUCCGAGCUUUCAACAGCGUCUUUUGCGGCUAAAACACAACGGACUAUACGCAUUAAGCCGUUGCCUUUUAGAAGUGAAAACAACGACAUUCCUCUUUCUGUGAAAGAAACCAGUCAGUCUCUCCCUCGAUUGACCUGUGUUGACAGUCAUGUCGUGCGUACAGAACCUGUACAUAGCAUGUCCUCCUCAUCCUCUGCCGCAUCUGGUCCUUCAUCGGAUCGUACAACUGUCCCUGCCCUUGCCUCUUCUGGUGGUCAUACCCCUCCUGAUUCAUCAGCUUUUUCGGCCUCUUCAACAUAUUCUGAUUUUUCCAAGAAGUCACGUGGGCGUCCGCCUAAGACUCAUAAAUCUACCAAGUCCUCUUUGCCUUCAGCGAGCGCCAAAUCCGCUACCGAAAAUUCUGAUGAUUGUUCUUCCACCCCGUUACUAUUAUCUACAAGAAAUACCUAUGAACCCCCAGUUAAUAACAAGCAUAGUCUUCUUACAAUACCGAUAAGUUCUCCUAUCCGUUCAGAUAGGCUAACCGUUGCAGAUGAAGAUAAACAACAUCCAGUGUGUUCUUUAUCACCGCCUUCAUCCUUAUCUGAUGCAGAGUCGGAUUUGUCUUCUCUUUCUUCUUCAUCCUCCACUGUGUCAUCAUCUCAGUUGUCUUCUUCCUCGUUGUCUUCAACAUCCACACUUUCAUCUCCUGCUCUACGGUUAUCUUUCUCUACACUAAAACCAAAGAUAAAUGACGAACCGUCGACCGCUCGAGUCAAGCAAAAGUCAAAAGACAUCUUAACACCUUUCCAAAGUCAGUUAACUCUCAAAACACGUGAUAAUAAGGAAGGGGCAAAAGAAGCUGAUGGUAGUCAACACGUUCCCAAAUUAACUAAACCAAUUAAGUCGUCUCGCCAUAACUUGGAAAUGAAAGGACAUUUCCGACCGUCUUCGCGAUCUACUGCUAUUACUACUUUAAAAAAUACGGAUUUGAAUAAUGACUAUCAGGAUGAAGACGUCGGAUUCUGUAUGGUUUCUCCGGAAAAGAGUCUAAAACCUGAAAAGCUAACCGGGAUUCUGCGCAUCCCUGGCGAUGGUAGUAAUUCUGUUGACAAUAAAUCCUUGGGUUCUUCGGUACCCAGCUCAUCCGUCAAAAAUUUCGCUUUUGAUAGUCCUAAUACCAAACUCAAUUCUAAAACCGUUCAUCUUUCUGGCUGGUCUGGUGGGACGAAAAUAUUGUCUACAUUUAAUGACCAGCCAUCUGCAGCGCCUCUGCUUACUCAUCCAACUGGAGCAAAUGUCUCCACAGGUCCAACUCCUCCUUCGAACUCUUCAGCAUCUUCUUCAUGUUACUCUUCAGUGUCACCAGCUGCUCUUUCGUCUACGUCUGGUUUAGGUUCUAGUUUAAGUGAUCCGAAAUCAGUAGACGCAUCACCUGGUGAAGUAGCAACCAUGCUAGGGAAUGCACCUUUUUCUUGCUCGUCAGGCAAUGGCAGUGGACUAGUUGCUCAUUUGCAGUCUGAUAGCAAUAUGAUAAAAGCUGAGGAACGAAUUCAUCGGAUAUAUGCUGAUCGACUUAUUGCCUUGACAACUGAGAGAGAUCAAGCUCGGGAGGAAGUUCAUCGACGUGACAUUUUAAUCUCUGAACUUCGUCGUGCACAUGAAGCUGAGAUUAAACGAGUUAAACAACGAACAUGGUGUCAAGUGUGUUUAAAUGAGGCCUUCUACCACUGUUGUCCCGGGACGGCAUACUGUUCUGAAACAUGUCAGUUUGAACACUGGACAGCUCAGCAUAAUCGCGAUUGCCGUCGUCGAACAGAGUCACAGCAGCAACAACAAAUUCGUAGCUAG